AUGAGUGGCGAGGUUGUUCUCGGUCUCGGUGUCGGUGGCCGGUUAUUGUGUACACUGUAUAGAGUCUGGGAGGUAGGGAAGAGGAGGAGAGAAGAGAGUAGGGUUUCGGGGUGGCCGGUUUGUGGUGGGGAUGGAUGGGAUGGGAUGGAUGGAGUGACCUUGAGGUUGGAUUGUGAGGAUGAGGAUGGUCAGGCUGACUGGCUGGCCUUGACGAUUAUUCGGGUUUUUGGGUUGGGAUUUGGGUUUGGGUUUGGGAAUUGCAUUCGAAUUUAA